UUCAUGCAUGCAUCUUGCAGAACGGUCAAGUAAGUCUCAGGCCACCCUGGCUAGCUAUUAUAAAAUAUCUAUAUCGAUCAUCACCCUGGACUGUUUCAAAGCACUACAUAUAUGGUACCUCCCUCCUUUCUCAAGCUCUCAAGAAGAAGAAACAUCGGUCCUGUGAGUGAAGAAAGGCAUAUAUUCACAUCCGGCCAGUUAAGCGAAAGAGAUGGGGAAGGCGGUGGUUCUGGUGCUGGUUCUUGCCUUGCAGGUUAUCGGACUUGUGUCCGGCGGCAACUUCUACGAGGAGUGUGACGCGACGUGGGAGCCCCAGAAUUGCUGGGCCUACGACGAUGGCAACAGCCUCUCCCUCGCCCUUGUCAGCAACUCCUCAGGCUCGAUGAUCCGUUCAAAGAGGCAGUUCAUCUACGGGAGCGUGUCGACCAUGAUCCAGCUCGUCAAGGGCAACUCUGCCGGCACGGUCACAACAUAUUACACAUCGUCGGUGGGCGACAACCACGACGAGAUCGACUUCGAGUUCCUGGGGAACGAGACGGGGCAGCCCUACACGAUCCACACCAACGUGUACGCCGCCGGGGUGGGCAACAAGGAGAUGCAGUUCCGGCCCUGGUUCGACCCCACGGACGGCUACCACAACUACACCAUCUCCUGGACGCCCUGCAGGAUCGUCUGGUACGUCGACGGCGCCCCCAUCAGGGUGUUCAAGAACUACCAGCAGAGCCACGGCGUGCCGUUCCCGACGGGCCGGCCCAUGUACGCCUACUCCAGCAUCUGGGCCGCCGAGGACUGGGCCACGCAGGGCGGCCGCGUCAAGGCCGACUGGACCCACGCGCCCUUCGUCGCCAACUACCGCGGCAUCGACCUCGACGUCUGCGAGUGCUACGGAGGGGACUGUGUUUACGGCUGCGCCGCCGCGUACGGCACUGGUGCCAGGGGGCAGCAGAGCUGCCGGCUCGACGACGAGCAGCUGGGGACGAUGCGGUGGGUGCAGGAGAAGUACAGGAUCUAUGACUACUGCGUCGACUAUGAUGGCGGCAAGGUGCCAGGCAAAGAGUGCAGCCUGCCGCAGUACUGAUCAACAAAGGGGGUUUUGCACGUUCGAUCGUGCAGCCGCAUGAUCUUGCUUUUUGCACGUUCCACAUAUACUGUUCUUUUCUUCCAUUCUAUUUUCCCAGAUUGUUCAUUGGUUUCCCAAUGUCUUCUCGAUCGAAUAACAUACUCCCUCCGGUUUAAGAAACGGAAUUUAUAUUAAGCGAAUGUUCGCUCUUUACUCUCUCGGAACGAACGAUUUGCUGAA